GGGUAGCAGGUGUUUUUCUCAAGGCGCUUCCCCCAUGGAGGGAAGUAGGGAUUAGUAAGGGUGGGGAGAUAUACAGUCCAGCUUCCUAUCCAAUACACCAUGGCUGCCCACAGCUGCUUUCCUUUCAUAUUUGGUUUUGAGAGACAAAGUCUCUCUGUGAUGGUAUUAUUUGUGCACUCAUGUCGGCUUUCUAUAUCAUUAAUUUUAAAAUGUUUUCUGAAAAGUUUGCACAGGGGAUGGAUGCUGCACUACUGUCCACACCAACAAAGGAUCCCCCUGGACCAUCAUCCUCCAUGGACACAGCCAGGCGUUCUGGUGGGCUGCCGUUUUUCCUAACUUCCCCGGAACCGGCAGUGCCACGUCCACAGAAGCAACGCUCAUCAUCUGGCCUCUAUUUUGCGUUUCCUCCUCUCAGAUCAACUGAGGAGACCCAUUGUGCAGUGUCAGGCCAGGCAACAGAAGUUCAACUGCCAACACCACAAGAGGAAACAACACUGGAAAGUCAUGGCAACCCACAGGACCAGAGCAUGAGUUCAUUUGAGGCCUCCUUUAGCCACCCGAUAGACAGCAGUUAUGCCCCAAUUACCAGCCAGUCAAGCUCCCCUACCUCAGGCAGUGAUCAAGCAGACACACCCUCUACUCCAGCAGCCAACAACUGGUCACAGAAGAAAUGGAUCGUCAACGAAUUCAAUCUUAUGCAGCUCUUCAAGACAUGCCACCAGUGUGGAGCUGUGAUUGAAGAGGAAGAUAGAAAAGUCACCACUACUGGGAGCCGUAUUCAUAUCAAGUGGAUGUGUUUGCAAGGACACUCGGGUGAAUGGGAGUCAUGUCCUCUCCGGCGUGGAAUGGCAGAAAACAAUCUCCUGGUAGCCUCAUCUAUCCUGUUCACAGGUUCUACUUUUACUGAAAUAUCUGACUGGGCGGAAGUACUCAAUCUGCAAAUCCCACAGAAGACCACAUUUUAUGAGCUGCAAAAAGUCUACCUCGUACCAGUGAUUGAACAAGCUUAUCGUGACUAUCAAGAAGAUUCCAUCAGAAAUCUCCAAAGACUGACUGUUGAUGAAGGACUCUCAAUCUGCGGUGAUGGUCGUUCAGAUUCACCUGGGCACAGCGCCAAAUACACAACUUACAGUUUCAUGAACAACGAAACAAAAGAAAUAAUCAUGGUGGAUUUAGUUCAGGUAAAAAUACAUUCAUUCAUAUAA